GAAGCGGACCCGGAACUUCUGUUCGGGACUCGAGUUGCAGCCGGGAGGUUCGUCCGGCGCAGAGGUACCGGCGGAAACGGGGCGGCAGUAAUUGAGGAAACGGGCGGGAGAUGUGGGGCUGCAAAGUUUUAGCAGAAGACAAUCAAGGCAAGAAGACUUAAAAGGGUGUGCCUUUGACUCUGAAUGGCAGUAAUUGGAAACGGACCUGGGAGAAUACUGGAAGACAAGUUACUUACAGACUAGCCCGGGGGGAGCAGUGGGAGAUGCUGCCGGCCGAGAAGAGGAGGGCGGACUCUGCGCCCCCUUCUCCGCAGAGGGCAAAGGCCAUCCGGACGGACGAGCAGACGAGCCCGGUGUCUGACCCCGGCGGGGUGGACCACCCUGCAGCCGCGCCGUCCGUGGCCCCCUGCCACCGAGAGGAUGGAGAAGAGGAGGAGGAGGAGGCGUCAGUGCGGCCGGCAGAGGCCGGCCAGUGUGCCGGAGGUGAGCGGCAGCUGGCGGAGCUGACAUCCCCAGAGGGCAGUGAAGCCCACAGACAGGCAGGCACAUCAACCCCCGACAGCUGGGAGGGGCCCCCUCCUGCCAUUGCAGGGCCCUCCGUGAACGUAGCUUCCCCGAAACCCGAGAGCCACCCGACUGCCCAGGGCGGCCCUGAGCUGGACGCGGGUCAGGGGCCGGGAGAAGGAGCGCUCACCCCGCCGAGAGGUGCUGCCAGCGACAAUGAGAAGGACGAAGGCGAGAGGGAGCUGAUCAUCACAAUUGAGGAAGGAGGGAGCGAAACUAAAAGGCUGAGGAGGAAGAAGGGUAUGAAGCGGAGGAGGAAGGCGAAGGAGACCAAGAGCUCGGCGGCGGCUGGUCCCGAGUGUGACAUCCAGCUGGACGACAGCUUUGAACGGGCACUGGAGGAUGGAGCAAAGCAGCACAACCUGACUGCUGUCAAUGUGCGGAACAUCCUGCACGAGGUGAUCACCAAUGAACACGUAGUGGCGAUGAUGAAGGCAGCAAUAAACGACACCGAGCAGCAGCACAUGUUUGAGCCCAAGAUGACUCGCUCCAAACUCAAGGAGGUUGUGGAGAAGGGAGUGGUUCCUCCAACGUGGAAUAUAUCCCCAAUGAAGAAGGAGAAAGAAUCCAAGGCUCCCCUAUUUAUCGACAUCCCUCUGGAGGAAGAAGACUCGUCUGAUGAAGAAUACAAGCCCGAGGAAGAGGAGGAAGAUGAGACUGCGGAAGAGAGCUUCCUGGAGAGCGACAACGAGGGCGCAAUCUGCUCUCCCUCCACUGGCCGUCGACCGAAGUUAACCCAGGAUGUGCCCGAGGUACUGGAGGUGGUUGAGGGUGCCUCUCCGGUUGAGGGGCGAGUUGGGCAAAGGGCCUGUUUCCAUCCUGCAGAUCCUGGAAAUAUUGAGCAACACACACAAAACGCUGGAGGAACUCAGCAGCAGCCACAUGAAGAGGAGAAGGUGGAGGGGAGCAGCCCAGCUGUGAGGCACCUCAGUGUGGAGGUGAUGCCCAUGGGGCCACCCCCGCUGCCACCCGCACCCAAGCUGAUGGCCAGCAAGGACAGCACCUUCAUGAAGAAGCUCUAUACGGUGGACGAGGAGCUGGCAUUGAACGAGACCUGCCUGGACUCCUAUCAGAGCUUCGACGAGUCACUGAUCGCCUCCCGCACCCGCUCGAAAUGGCCGCUCACCAACGUGCCGCUGGGGCUGCUGGAGGCGGAGCUGAAGGCGCCGGACAUCACGGCGGACAUGUACGAACCAGGAGCACAGGAGGAUGUGUACUGGCAGAGCUGGAUGAAGGCUGUGAUGAAUGACCUGGACUUCGAAGAUGACGAGGAUGAUCCCGAAUAUAACUUCUUGGAGGACCUAGACGAGCCGGACAUGGAGGACUUCCGGAAUGACCGAGCCGUGCAGAUCACCAAGAAGGAAGUGAACGAACUGAUGGAGGAGCUCUUUGAGACGUUUCAGGACGAGAUGGGAGUGCCAGACGUGGAGGAGGAGGUACCAGAAGACGACAUAAAGGAGCAGGUUCUCAGUACCUUCAAUACACCCCAGGCACUGCGGUUUGAGGAGCCACUGGCGAACAUCCUGACGGAGCAGCACCGUACGGUCAAGGCACAGAUCGAGCAGCUGCGGCAACGCAAGGCUAAGCGGCAGGCGACAGCCACCGAGGCCAAAGGGGCGGCCGGCAGCAGCCAGGAGCCCGAGACCCUGAGUCUGGACCCAGUGCAGAAGCUUCAGCUGCAGCAGCAAAUGCAGCAGCACGUCCAGCUUCUCUGCCAGGUCCAUCUUCUGACUAGCAUCUGCGAGGGCCUCCGACAAGAGGCGGAUAUGACCAAACUCUUCUUGAAUGAGCUGGCCAGCUUUGCGGAGAAGGCCAGCGAGAUUCACUCGGCCAAGGUGGCAGGCUUUCGAUCCUCCUUCUCAACCUGCAAUCUGAAGGAGGGGCUGUCGCUGGUGGAGGAGUUCGAGCAACACGUUCGGCCGCACGUGGAGGCUCCGCCGCCCAAGGAGGAGGCAAAGAUCAACAGGAAGUGUGACGAGUCCAGCUACCUGCCAAGAGAGCUGGCCUGGAUCCUGGCCACCCGCGGCGUCUUCAUGUACCCAGAGCUACUGCCUCACGUCGCGCUGCAGCCCAGGCAGCCCAAGGACAAGGCCUCCUUCACCAAGGGCGAAGACAACUUGCUGGCCCUGGGUCUGAAGCACUUUGAGGAUACAGACUUCCCCAAGCCACUCAUCAGUCAGUACCUGAUGCCCCCAAAGACCUACCACCAGCUCACCGUUCACAUCAAGAACCUCAGUGUGAGCCGGGCGCCGGACAAUGUCGUUAAGCUGUUCAGGAAGAGGAAGGUGCUACCGCCCAUGCCCAGCCGGAUUACAGCUGUGCCCCCAGGGGACAUGCGCCCACCUAUCCAGCGAGGGAGCAGUCGGCUGCCCUACUGGCUUCAGAGGAGCCUGCCAGUGAUUCGGAAAUGGAUGGAGCAGAGAGGGGCAGGCGGAAGCCAGGAGGGGGCAAGAGGGAGUCUGGAAGGGGCAGGAGGGAGCCAGGAAGGGGAAGGCGGCAGUCGGGAAGGGGCAGGAGGGAGUCUGGAAGGAGCAGGUGGCAGUCGGGAAGUGGUGGAGGGGAACCAGGAAGGGCCGGACUGGAGCAGUGGUUUCCCCCUCCUUAUCCCUGAGGGAGUGCUCCUGCAGCUGAGGCCUCGGAUUACCCACCUGUCCCGGCAGGACCUUCGCCGGCGGAGACACCGUACGCCAGCCGUCAAACCCCCUGUCCCCAUCCACCCGGCACCAGCCAAGGCCUCACCCAGGCAGGCGGGACCCUUCCUCCCAGCCAGGCAGCCGGCCAUCCGUCCCCGCCCUCGCCUCAUCCAGCCAGCUCCUGCACCCUCUUCCACCCUCCACCCGGCUCAGCCCGCCCCACCAUCUUCCUCUUCGCCCUCCUCGUCCCGCAGGAGGCCCUGGGGAAGGCGAGCUUCUGCCCUGGCCGCCCGGCCGACUCCUCCCAUCCCUCGGGCCCCCGUCCUCCUGGCCGUCCCAGCUGGUGUGAAGCUGCUGAGUCUGGGGGCGGGUUGCAAUGUGAUUCAGUCUUCGGUCACUGCUGGAUACCCAGGGCAGACCCUGCAGGUGGCCACGGUUGUGGUGGGGCCGGCUGCCUUCCCUUGCGGCUUGAGCCAGCCCCCAGCCCCGACGGUGGCCAACCCCCAGACCACCGAGGCCGUGGGCAACCAGUCCGCCGAGGCCUUGGACCCCAGUAGAGUGUUUGAGGGCCCAUGGGGGUCUCCUGUCGCCUCCACACCAACCGCUGCUCCCUCCAUCCCUGAGGAGCAAACAGAUCGCCCCUCGGCCAGCCAUCCCCAUGAUGGAGAGGAGAAGCCCAGAGCAGAGAGCCCACCCCGUCCUGUUCCCUCGUUUGGAGAGCCAGAGGGUCGGCCGCUUAUCCUGGAUUUGGGCCAGGAGCUGGACGUGGGAGCACCGCCAGAUAAUGCAGCCAUGGAGUCCUCCGCUGAAGGGGGGCAGCCUUUUGCCAGCCCCCCUGAGUUGGCCAGGGCUGAGGAGGAGGAGGAGGAGGAUGAGGAAGUGGGGAGGGGGGAGGAGGAGGAGGAGGAAGGAGAGGAUGGGGAGGAGGAGGAGGAAGAGGAGAGGCUCCCGGAGAAAUCUGAUGACACGUUGAGUGCUGGGGAGUCCUCGGUCAACCCGCAGGACGGGAAAAGCCAGUCAGACAAGGCGACAAAAGUGGGGCUGGAGGAGGAGGAGGACGACGAUUUCGAUGACCUCACCCAGGAUGAGGAAGACGAAGAGGUCUUGUCCUCGGCUUCUGAGGAGUCGGCUCUCUCCGUCCCAGAGCUACAGGAGACAAUGGAGAAGCUGACCUGGCUGGCUUCCAAGCAGCACCAGGACCAGGAGGGGGACUCAGAGGAAGAGAACUCACAGGAGGAGAACACAGAGCCUGAAGAGGAGGAGGAGGAAGAGGAGGGCGAGGGGCUGGAGCUGCUGCAGAAGGAGGGCGACCAGGCAGCAGGAGAAGCAGCCUUGAGUGAGAGCAAUGGGUCUCCGUUGUGUUCGACCGGCCGGGAUGUCCACCCUAGCAGCCGACUGCCAGGUCAGGAAGCGAAGCUGCCGGGCAGGGGCAGGGCUGGGUGCCGGUCCCGGGCGAGGAGGGGACGCAGGAGAGUCAGCAAGGACUCCUCCAAACUGCUGCUGCUGUACGAUGAGGACAUCCUCAGCAACGACCCGCUUCGCCAGCAGAAGGACAUGGCCUUCGCUCAGGCCUACCUGACCAAGGUGAGAGAAGCCCUCCAAGAUGUCCCCGGCAAGUACGAGGAAUUCCUGCGGAUCCUGUACGAUUUUGAGACCAACUGGGAUCAGCGGACAGUGGUCGAUCUCUACGGGGACCUGUGCGAGAUCAUCCAGGACUGGCCACAGUUGCUCAAGGACUUCGCUGCCUUCCUGCUCCCCGAGCAGGCUCUUCAGUGUGGGCUGUUUGAGGAGCAGCAGGCGUUUGACAAGAGCCGCAAGUUUCUCCGGCAGCUGGAGAUCUGCUUCGCCGAGAACCCCUCGCAGCUGCAGAAGGUCAUCAAGGCACUUCAGAACUGCGCAGUGUGCUCGCCACCGGAUGUGGCCGAGUUGAAGGUGCAGGUCUGGCAGCUGCUGAAGGGCCACCACCACCUGCAGGAUGAGUUCUCACUCUUCUUCGAUCAGCUGCGGCCCCCUGCCAGUCGGUUGAAUGACUUCGAGGAGGUCAACUGGACUGAGGACAAGGAGUACGAGUUCGAUGGGUUCGAAGAAGUUGUUCUCCCGGAUCUGGAGGAGGAAGAGGAGCUGCAGAAAAUGGCCCCACCUCCCAGGAGCAAGCGGCGGAGGGAGGGGCACUCACAUGAGAAGGCUUUGGAGCACAAGGCGAAGGGCAAAGACUCAGUGAGCACCAGUGUUCCAGAUGACUGGAGCCCCCAGCCUGCACUGAAGGAUUCUGGAAAAGGUGGCGACGCUGUGGAGGAAGACCAAGAAAGGAGGGAGGAGAUGCGAGUGGCCAGCAGUGGGGAGCGGCGGUCGGCACCCACUACAGGUUGGAGCUGGGAGCCAUCCAACAGUGAGGAGGGGCGGUCCCCCGAGGAGACCUGCAGCCCGGCCAGUGAAGGUGAAGAGGGGCCUUCUGAGGGCUCACCCCCUUUGCCAAGAGAGAAAGAACUGUCCUCAGCCUUGGGCAGCUGUGUCUCGGUGAAGUUUGCCUCGGCUGGGGCCCGGGUACGAUAUAGAAACUGCCAGGAGAUGGCCCUGGCACAGAAGGCCCUGAGGGACGGUUGUUCACAGGGGCUCGGUGAGACAGAGGGGCCGGCGCCAGCAUCUGCAUCCGUCUGUGCCAAGAACACUUGCGUCAACUCCAUCGGUGAGCGUGUGGUGCUGUGGACCAGGGAGGCAGAUCGAGCAAUCCUCACCGCCUGCCAAGAGAAAGGGGCCAACCAGGAAACCUUCAGCUUGGUGGCACAACGGCUGAUCGGCAAGUCAGCCCAGGAGGUCUCACAGCGGUUCCGGGAGCUGAUGCGUUUGUUCCACACCUCGGGCGACACCAGCACAGAUGAGGAGGAUGACACCCUGGCGAACAGUAACCCCGAGCAGCAAGCAGACUGGCUGAUCUCAGACGAAGAUCAGGACUGAGCUAGUGGCUCUGCAUUGUUGUUUGGGAGGGUGGAGUUGAUUUCCUGGACUGUUGGAUGAAGCAUAUUUAAUUCUCUUCUGUGCUGUUGUGUCCCUCCCGAAGAUCUCCAAUCCCACUAACCACCCAGACUGGUCGGUGUUGGAGAGGCUGAGCUGAGUAGGGUGGCAGAGGAAUCCUAAGACUACAGCAUUUCAGCUCCUGUGGAUUGUCCUUCUCCCUGGAACUUCUCAAAUCACAGUUUGCCCAGUCUGCAACCAAGUCGCGGUGCUGUCAGUGUUCCCAGGUAAAGGGAAAAAAAUACGCACGUGAAGUCUGGGUUUCGAUAGACUGUGGCAAGUGUAAUGUUCAAUCGGUUUAAGACUGCCUGUACUGAACAGUCUGGCACUGACUAGUGCAGAUGCUGGAGAGGAAGGAGCCAGUUCCACCCUUGGUGGGUCUUGUUUGUUUAUCACUGUCAGCCAAGUGUCUCCUGUAAAUAUGUAUGUGAAGUGUAUCCUUUGUAUAAUUUUAAGUUAUAGUGACUGUACAUACACCAAAAGUAGUAGGGCACAACUAUGUAAUUCAAUAAAUCUUUUUCCCUCUG